AUGGCGGGGGGGGCCGGGACCGCGCUGGUGCGGAGCCAGCCCUGGGCCUGUGCUCCCCGGGGCCCGGGUGGCUCCGGGAGCCGAGGGCACAAGGGCGCCAUGGAGCGGGGCCGUCCCUGCGCGGGGAUCUUCCCUCGCGUCCUUCCUCGGGGGUCAGGAGUGGCUGCGGGAACGGCCUCCGGAAAGAAGCAAUCGAACCCGAAAGGGAAGGAGGAUGAAAAUGAGGCUGCACGGGAGAUUGGGCUGCUGCAGAAACAACUUCAGAUUGCAGCUGCCAAGAGGAGAUCAUACCAUGCCAACGCGAGGCAGCAAAUGCUGUCCCAGGAAAGAGAAAUAGAGUCCCUGACGCAAGAGCGUGAAGAGACAUGGUUCAAGCUCAGCCAGCUGCAGAGAAAGGCCAUAGAGAGAAAAGGCCUGCUUGCUCAGCUGGACAAAGAGAUACUAGAGCUUGAAGAGAAGAUUGUGAAGCAAAACCAGAAAGUAGCCAAGAUCAAGCAAUCCCACAAUGUCAAACAGCUAGAAAAGGAGGCUGAGAGACUAGAGAAGCGUCUGCAAACAGCCACUGUUCUUCUCAAUACCACCCUGACUGAAAAGAAGCAGCUCAAAGGGGAGAUUCAAAGCCUGCGAGUCCGAAAAGCUGUUUUGGACAACAUCUCCUUGAGGCUCCAUCAGAAGCUGAAUGAACAGACGCAAAAGAUGACCACUACUCUUGAGCAGUCCACAGGGGCCUACGACCAGCGGAUGGAGACCCUGGCAGAGAUGUCAGCACUGGAAGAGAAGCACAGGAAAGAGCAUGUCAGGCUGCUGAAGCGGCAGCGGGUCUUUGAAAGCAUGAAGAGUCUGAGGAGCUUCAUGGAGACCAAACGCAGAGACCGCUCACAACUGGAGAAAGAGGCGCAAAAGAGAAGAGCCUUCAAGGCAGCCCAGCAGGAGAGACUAAGCCGGGGGGAGAGCUGGGAGAGCCGGGAGGCGGUUCACAGGUACCUGCUGGAGCUCUCGGAGAACGGGAACAUAGAAGAAGAGCUGAAUCGCUGCGUGGAAAAGCUGGAGAAGGAGUUUUCCUGCCUGAGCUAUUCCACUGAGCUGAACGAGAACGUGGAGAAGUUGCAGCUGAGGAUCGAGGCUCUCCAGGAAGAAAUUGCAGCUAUCACAAGGGAGCAGGACACUGCAAAGAGCAGCAGCCUUCAAGUCCUGCAGGAGCUGGAGGCAAGUCUAAAGGAAACGACCGAGGAAGCCAACAUGUGUGAACAGCAAUGCAACAUGAGCAGCAAAGUCCUGGGCCAGCUCAAGUCUCGCUUGGAGGUUCUGCUCCAGGAGACCAGACGUGACUGCCCCAUGAUCCUGCUGGAGCUUGGAGGAACAGGGGAGGUCACAGACGAGAACCUGCUGCAGUGUUUCGGUCUCCUGGAGAAGACAAUCAUCGAGCUCCUGCUGCAGGACUCCAGGGUGCUCUACGCAUCAACUGUGGACACAGACUCGGAAGAGCCGGUGUCCAUCCCGCUGCUGGCCGGCCUGGCGCUGCUGCAGAGGGUGGUUCCCGUCCGGCUCUGCCCGCCCGCCCUGGCCCUGGAAGGCCCCGACGACCUCCUGGAGGCCUUGGACGUGCCGCUGGACUACGAGGAGAUGCGGCAGCUGGUCCUCCGGAGCCAGCAGGGGCAGGGCAGCGCCAAGCUGUGA